AAUCCAAACCUUUUCUUCCAUUUCUCACUCUCAAUCCCACAAACACUCUACUUCCUCUAUCCUUCAAAAUUCCACAAAUACCCUUCUGCCUUUUCCUCUUCUCUCAAUGAAAUUCCAAGAAUACCCUUCGCAACCCUCUCCAAUGCGAGCAGCAACAGCAGCAACAGUAGCAGAGACGAUCCUCUGUCCUUCUCAAAUCCUUCAUCUUCUCCGAUCCCAGUCUCUGAUGCCGCUGAUUCAUUUCUCGCCGAUCAGAAUUCUCAGAUCGGCAGCGCCUCCGGAAGCUUCCAGAACGACGUCUCGCUUUCUGCUGGGGGUGGCGACGGCGGCAGUGAUGUCGAGUUCGGGUCCCUGCGGCCGGAGUUCCGGCAGGGCCCGCUUGUAGGGACAGUGCAGACCUAUGAGAGGCACGUGUUCCUCUGCUACAAGAAUCCGCAGGUGUGGCCACCGCGUGAGGCUGCGGAAUUCGAUCGGCUUCCACGGCUGUUCUCGGCGGCCAUGACUGCAAGGAAGGGCGAGAUGAAGAAGCUGACCCGCUUAACUAUAUUGGAGGGGCACGAUUGCACCGAGACAUCAAAUGGAGAUGUAUUGAUCUUUCCAGACAUGAUUAGAUACAGGGGAUCGACUCAUUUUGAUAUCGAUACAUUUGUGGAAGAAGUACUCGUGAAAGACACUGAAUGGCUACCUGGAACAUCUGAAACUCUAAAGGGUUCAUACGUUUUUGUAUGUUCUCAUGGGAGCAGAGAUCAGAGAUGUGGUGUUUGUGGUCCUGCUCUCAUUAUGAAAUUCAAAGAAGAGAUAGAUGCAUGUGGCCUACAAGGUCAAGUGUCUAUCAGCCCCUGCUCACAUAUUGGGGGCCAUAAAUAUGCAGGAAAUGUCAUUAUAUUUGGUCCAAAUCUCGAUGGAGAACUGACAGGUCAUUGUUAA